CGCCUUGUGCUGCACACGCACUCACGCACACACAUUGUCCAAGGAGCCGCCGCCGCCGCCGCGGUCACAGCAGCCUGCGAGCGGGCGGGCGCCUGGGCGUUGGGUGCCAAUGCGGGGAGGGCGCUGCAAGCAGUGGGCUCCGCCGCCGCCGAGGUGGAAAGUUCAUCCCUGCGCCGGGGCAACGGGGAACUGACGAAGAGCGAGCAGCCUCCUUGCAGGCGAAGGGGCCCCCGCCUCAGGGAUCUAUCCACGCGGAGGCUUCCAGCCCCCACCCCAUGCAAAGUUUGCAAUCUCCCCCAGGCUGCCUUUAAGACGCCCAACUUGCUCCCCUCGGAAGGCGCCGCGCUGCUCUUCUGCCUUGCAAAGGAAGCAGAUCCGCGGGGAGCGGACAGUUGCCAGCGGUGUCGUGAGGAGACCCUGAGCUGGGGCUGGCCAGAAGAUGACUGAAUACAAGCUGGUGGUGGUUGGUGCAGGAGGCGUUGGGAAAAGUGCUUUGACCAUUCAGCUUAUCCAGAACCAUUUUGUUGAUGAGUAUGAUCCUACGAUAGAGGAUUCCUACAGAAAGCAAGUCGUCAUUGAUGGAGAGACCUGUUUAUUAGACAUCUUGGACACAGCAGGCCAAGAGGAGUACAGCGCCAUGCGAGACCAGUACAUGCGGACAGGAGAAGGCUUCCUUUGCGUCUUUGCCAUUAACAACACCAAGUCCUUCGAAGAUAUUCAUCAAUACAGGGAGCAGAUCAAGAGGGUGAAGGACUCUGAUGAUGUCCCCAUGGUGUUGGUGGGAAAUAAGUGUGACCUUCCAGCCCGGACUGUGGAAACGCGGCAAGCCCAGGAGAUGGCUCGAAGCUAUGGGAUUCCCUAUAUAGAAACAUCAGCCAAAACUAGACAGGGGGUUGAAGAUGCCUUCUAUACUUUAGUGCGGGAGAUCCGGCAGCACAAACUACGCAAAUUGAAUCCCCCGGAUGAAAGUGGCCCAGGCUGCAUGAAUUGUAAAUGUGUAAUAUCAUGACCAAGCUGACCAGACUGUGACUCGGAGGGGUUUCCACUAUGUGUAGCGCGGAGAUGGAGGCGAUGUGAAAGAAGAAUCAAAUGGAUUCAAAGAAAGGGGACAGACAAGAUGGUGUCUGCAGGCCCCAAGAGCUCCGCAUGGACUGUCUCAAAACUUCACCAAGGCCUGCAAUGAACUCUUUUUAUUUUAAAAAAAUCCCUUCUCUUCUCUUUGCCUCCUCUCUGUCCCAGCAACUUGUACAAAGCCACAGAUUGAAUCGCAGUAAAUUAUUAUAUGAUGGUCUUGA